ACGACCGUUUAAUUGGAGUCUUUGGUUGUCUAUUGCUAUCUUCUCUGUUUUUAUAGGAGGUAUCAUAAUAUUCAUGGAACGUAAUGUCAGAAGAGAUUCGACACUUGAAAAUUCAUCAUGCAGGAAAAAAUUCAGUGGGGUUUCUAUCCUGUGGCUUCCUGUUGUGCAAGCAGUUUUUCCCGAAAGAGAAUCACUGGCCAAAAAUUGCUCUAGGUUUGUGCUGGUGAUGUGGUUGAUAUUGGUAUUUGUGCUCAUGCAAAGCUACACAGCAUGCUUAUCAUCUAUCUUAACGGUACAUCAAUUACAACCUCGAUACCUUAGUGAGAAUGAUGUUGCAGAAGAUUCCAACAUUAAUGUUGGAUACCACAGUGGCUCAUUUGUGAGGGACUUAUUGGUUGAUAACUUGAUGAUCAAUAGUUCAAGGGUGAAGAACUACUCCUCCAUUAAAGACUAUAAGGAAGCCUUAGACAAAGGAAGCCAUAAUGGUGGUGUCGAUGCCAUUUUUGAUGAAGCUCCCUACUUUAAGGCCUUCCUCAAACAGUAUGGCUCCAAUUAUGCCGUGGUUUCAACUAAGCACCAUGCUGCUGGAUUUGGUUUUGCAUUUCGUAAGGGCUCCAACUUAACCUCGCACUUUUCGAAAGCCAUAUUAAAUAUUAGGGAGAGUAAUGAAAUGGACGGCAUUGAGGAGAGAUAUUUUGGAAGCAGCGAUGACGAUGGAAACAAAGAUCAAUCAAAUUCAUCAUCAAAUGCGAGUCCCAGUCUUACUGCUUAUAGUUUUGCAGGUUUGUUUAUGGUAAUUGGAACAUUUUCAUUGUUGGCUUUAGCAGUCUCUGAAAAUCAUAUAUGGCGAAAACCUGUUAUGCUCGCAAAGACUUAUAGCCAACAAUUUUUGAGUCCGAAUUCAACAAGAAUUAAUCCAUUAGAGGAAACUUCUACCAGAAAUGUUGACAACGAAUGUUCUGCAGACACAAAAAAUAUUGGAUCUGCAGAAAAUGAAGCAGAUAAUAAAACAUUGCCUGUGUAAGUGUGUUUGUAUAGAGUGAUGGCAGGCCAUUUUUGCGGUGCCCGUUCGUUAGUUAGGUUGUAGUAUUCAUGUUUGUUGUUAAGAGUUAACAAGGCCUAUCAUACCAUGUGUAGAUUCUUUUUUUCUCUCCUUUUCUUGUGACUAAUUUGCAUUA